GAAAAAAAUGAAAAAAAUGCAGAAAGUGGAGUGAUUGUGAUUGGCGUCACGAGGCACAACUCAAUGUGCAGAACCAAUACCCACCUGCACCAGUUAUUAUCAUUCUCAAAACUUUAUUAUUUUUGUUCUUUGGGAUCCUAUUUAUAUUUUCAAGAUUCCUAUCGAUUAUUUUUAAAAAUUUAUUAUUGUCGAUUUUGGCAGCCAACUUCUCCCACUUCUUCACCAUUGUGACCCGCUUUCUCACGUCCCAUCAUUCAUUUCAUCCGUUUCUUUUCUUCUUUUAUUCUUUCUUCUUCAUCUUCCCUUAAACUACAUUCUUUUUUCUACCAUUUUUCAAAUCAUCAGAUGUGUUUCUGUACGUUUCAAGAAAUCCAUCUCCUUCUCAAGAUUCUCAAUCGCAGUUAAUUGGCUCCUGUCGAUUCCUUGUUUCCUUUUUGCAGAAUCAAGCAAAAGUGUGGAAACUUUUAACGGUUGAGCAAUUGAGAAGAUGUUGGGAGGCAACAAUGACAACAACCCUUUACCGCAGGGUAGCCAGUUUCACUACCAAUCAAACACUUCCCUGAAUCAGCCUCACUUGCUUGGAACCAUGAACGCUGGUUGCACUAUUGAUCCUGUAAACUACUUUGCUAAUGAUAACCGUGUUCCAAUGAUUCCGAAUAUCAACAAACGCGCUAGGGAUACCGAGAUCAUACAGAGACAGCAGAAGCUGCAGAUCUCUUUGGACUAUAACUACAACAACAACAACAAUAGUGUUGUUCAAAAUGAAGUCGCAAAGCAUAACUUAGUGUCAACUGGUCUGAGACUAUCUUAUGACGACGAUGAGCGAAACUCUUCUGUAACUUCUGCAAAUGGAAACAUCACAACUCCAAUGUUUCAGUCACUCGGUGACGGUAUCAGGUUGGACUUUGAUAGACAGAAAGAAGAGCUUGAUCAGUUUAUCAAAUUCCAGGGGGACCAACUGGCGAAGGGUGUGAGAGAUAUAAAACAGAGACAUAUCACGUCUUUUGUCACGGCCUUAGAGAAGGAGGUGAGCAAGAAGCUGCAAGAGAAAGACGAGGAGAUCAAAAACAUGAACAAGAAGAACCGGGAACUCGUGGAGAAGAUAAAACAAGUGGCGGUGGAAUCUCAGAACUGGCAUUACAGGGCAAAGUACAAUGAAUCUGUGGUUAAUGCCUUAAAGGUAAAUCUGCAACAAGUGAUGAUGUCACAUGGAAACAACAUCAAUGCAAGUGGUGUAUUAGCUGAUCAUCAUCAUCAUCAGCACCAAGUGAAAGAAGGGUUCGGGGAUAGCGAGAUUGAUGAUGGAGCAGCUUCAUACAACCACAUGAACAUCCCGCGGGUACCAAACACUGGGAUGAGAUGCAAGUCGUGUAAGGUAAAGGAGGUUUCUGUCUUGCUUGUACCGUGUAGGCACUUGAGUUUGUGUAAAGACUGUGAUGCGUUCACUGGUGUUUGUCCUGUUUGUCAGUCUUUGAAAACUUCUAGCGUUCAAGUCUUUUUCUCAUGAGAAGAAUCCAUGAAAUAGAGUCCCCGUCUUCAAUCUUUUGAAAAGUUAAUUAUGGAGAAAGAUGAUCAUAUUUGUAUGUGAUUUUGAUGAUGAGUUCAAGAUAAAAAAGUUGCUCGAGUC